CGGUUUCAUUUUCUUCUUAAUUGGCUCUUUACUGGGAUAAGGGGGUGGGACGUGGUCUGAGAAUGGUAGUUCUCAGUAAAUGACAAAUAGAGGAAAGCUGGGCGUUUGUUUAUUGGCGGAAGCUUGAGUAGAGUUGGGGGAAAGUCCUUCUUUCUUGGAAGGACUGUUUAGAACACCAAACGUCCAUCUCGACUCUCAUUUGGUGAGACUCUGGCAACGCAUGUGCAAAUGGAGGCCAGCCUGACGUGUGCGGUGUGUCUGUCGCUCUUCGAGGAUCCGGUCACGCUGCCCGUCUGCUCUCACAACUUCUGCCGCCAUUGCGUCGUCGAGUAUCUCAGUCAAGCUGCAAGCGUCGUAUUGCCCUCUUCCUCUUCCUCUGCAUCGAGGCCCUCUUCUCGAAGCCGUGACUCGCUCCAGCAGAGCCCUCGGGCUCCCGGCCGCCCAUCACGGGACGGAGGCUCGAUUAUUCUGUCAUGCCCGCUGUGCCGCAAACUCUGCUCGCUUCCUUCCGAUCGCGGGGCCUCUGCAUUACCUGUCAACACCACGCUAGCCGAGGUUGUGAAACUGUUCAGGGCUGCUAGCCCGGCGACGAAACCUAGCCUGGAAGCGAUAGCGGAGGUGGACUCGUCAGCUCUCGUCCCUCAACUGGCUGCCCUGGGCGGGAUCUGCAAGAAACACCCGGGACGACUUUUGCAGCUCUACUGCCGGAUGUGCCGCUCUGGAGGCUGCGGGCAAUGCGUAUCAGAAGACCAUCGCGGCGUCUUCCAUUCAGUCAACCUCAUCGACACGGUGUACCAGGAGGAAAAACUAGCCUUCUUUAGUAACCUGAAGAAAAUAAGAGAAUUGCAAUUGAAAAUGAUGAAUGAAAUCUCAGUAUCUCCAAAGGAUGAAAAGGCCCUAAUGCAGAAUGAAGAGGAAUUGAUUAAAACUGAAUUUGAAAAACUCUAUAAUGCUUUGGAAACCAGAAAGAAGGAGUUGCUUAAAAACCUUGAAAGCCAGAAGAAAAGAAAAGAGAAAGAGCAUCUUAUAUGGAAGAAUAUGAAAGAAGCUCACCGAAAAACAAUUGAAAAUAUUCUGAUUGACUGUGAAAACCUUUUAGAUGAAUGUGAUCCACAGCAUUUCUUAGAGGUUGCAUGCAAUUUGAAUCAAAGAAUGAAGACUCAACUUGAGCUGAUGCAGAUGGCAUCUGGUCAUGAAGAUCAGCCAGAAUGCAAACAAAUACAGCUAGAUAUCAAAUCUAUAGUUAAGGAUAUUUCAGCCUUGACUAUCACUGAAGUUAGUUUGGAUAUUCCAAAAGCUGACAUUCCUUCAGGAAAUAGUGAACCUUCUACAUCUGCAAGUCCUGAAAAUAAAUGGGAAGAUAAAAUUGAACAAGAUAAGUUCCAUCCAGUGCCAGGAAAAGAUGUUUUGGAAAAUGGUAAGAAUAUUCCAACUCAGUAUAUGUCAGUGUCAGCAACUACUAAAUUUCAAAACAUAAGUCAUGAGGAGCUGCGUUAUAUACAUUACAUGAAACGUGAAGUACAUUCAGAUGAAUUACAUGCAGAGAAUUUACAUGAAAGAAAUACAUUGCCAAAAUUUUGGUUUUCAAAAAAGAUUCAUUGAAGUACAGUGCAACAUGAUUUUGUAUUUGGAAACGAAGCAGUUGGACAAAAGACAGCAGCAUUUUUAUUUUCAAACCAUUUCACAGUUGACAUCCAGAAGAACAAAGUAAGCAGAAUGCAAAAGCAACAGAAAUGGGUGGGAACUUUGCUGUUGGUCCUCCUCACGCAAGAAGGUGGGCAGCACUUAACUGAAUGAAUAAUAAAAUGUACAGAUACAGUU